AGAACACUCACAACUUUACCACAUGAAAUGUUUCAGAAAUUGGAGAGACUACGUGUGUUGAAACUCUCUGGAUGCAAUUUCAGCUUUCAUUCACCUCCUUUCCGUUGUUGCCGAAGCCUAAGAUUUCUUGGAUUAGACCACUGUGGAGAUCAAGGGCGAGAAGAGGACAAGCAAGGGAGACCAAUAAUGGAAUUUUUUCACAGCCUAUGGGUGCUAGAUAUGAGCCAUACAGAUUGGGACAUUGAUAUGUCACAAGAUCUUACAGAGCAGAUGGCAUCAAACAUUAGAGAGAUUCAUAUAAAGAAGGGAAGGAUUGGGCACAGCCACCUUGCUUGGAGACAACUACGGAACCUUCGCAAGCUUCGAGUAAUUGAGCCUACCAGCUCUUGGGAGACACUAAAAAAAGAUGAGUUCACUGAUAUGGUAAUGUUGGAGCUCCUCGAUCUAUCUGGUAAUAGUACAAUACAAGUUUUGCCAAGCUUAUCUUCUGCAACUCGGCUUAGAACUUUAAUCCUAGAUGGCUGUGUUGGGUUGGAUCAUAUUGGCCCUGAAGGAAUACCAGCAUCACUUGAGUCAUUCAGUUUAGAUGCCAGAGCUGGGAAGGAUGGCAAUAAUACAGCUAAGAUAUCACGAGUCUCCUUGGCGGGCUGUGGAAAACUGGUGAACUUCACACUGCUUGGAACCCUGCCAAAUCUUGAGGAGUUGGACCUCUCAUGCACAGCAGUGAAAACUCUAAACCUGAAAAAGGAUGUUCAAGUGGAAAAACUUGGACGAAUCUUCCUGAUGGGAUGUCAGCAACUACGUGCUCUUAUUUGGCCAGAAAAUGGAAUGCAACAACUAAGGUUACUAUGCAUCGAUACUCGACAAGGUGUAGUAGUGUCUAGAGAAACUUCACACUAUUCUAUUGUUUGCCAGGAGCAAGAUGGUUAUUGCCAAGCACAUGUUUCUAUCAUGGACAUAAGGCUGCUUCAGUCAUUGGUGCUAACAGGCUCUAGAGAAUUUUGCUGGAGCACAACUCCAUUUAAGUUGAAUCUAUACCUAUCUUGUACUAUCAAGGAUGAUGGAGAAAACUGCAAUAGUGAGAAGGUGGGCCACCGUCUUCAUAGAACUGCACAGAUAGCUGGGUCCCGGUCUGUAGUAAACAAGUCAUUAAUCUCCAACACAUGUAGCACCUACAAUGACGUCAGCAUAGAACAGAUAGUCAUUACUGAAGAUGAUGAUAGCAGUGCACUGCAGUUUGAGCCACAAGACCUUCAUUUUGAGAUGGGUCAUGAAAUGAUCGACAUAAAUAUGGCUGAUAACUCACGAGGAAUCAAAGCUUUAUACUUUGUUAUGGACAGGGUCCAAUCACUGCACCUGCAUGACAAUUAUUCCAUUUCUUCUAUUAUCCCAGAGCACAUUACAUCCACAAGAGAGGAGGGAUUUAAAUACCGUGCUCUGAAGUGGUUUGACGUGGAGAAAUGCCCCAAACUGGACACGGUCUUCCAUACUAACUAUGAUGGCCCUUCCUUCUUGUUCGAUGAACUGGAGGCCUUUAGGGCAGCUGAUCUGUUGAUGGCCCGUUCUAUCUGGAGCAGAGGAAGGGCUUUCAACCAUGCUGUGGACGAGACAUCAUUUGGAAAACUGCAGACUAUACACCUGUAUCGCUGCACUAGGCUCAAAUUUGUUCUCCCCUUGUCAUGGAAUCAUACCUUGUCCAGCCUAGAGACCCUCCACAUAGUCUGUUGUGGUGAUCUCAGGCAAGUAUUUCCUGUGGAGACAGGCUUUCUAGCUACGAUAGCUGCUGUGCAUCAAAAUGGCAUGUUGGAAUUCCCAAGGCUCAAAGACUUGUACCUCCAUCAUCUCUCUAGCCUGCGACAGAUCUGUGAGGCCAAAAUGUUUGCUCCCAAGCUCAAGACUGUUCGAAUAAGAGGCUGCUGGGGUCUGAAGCGUCUCCCGGCCGUUAACCAAGAUGGACUCCCUGCCAUUGUGGACUGUGAGAAGGACUGGUGGAAUGACCUUGAAUGGGACGGGCUGGAUGUCGGCCACCACCCCUCCCUCUUCAGGCCAUGCCACUCGGGGUACUACAAGAAGCAAAUGCUAAGAAGUACAGUGCUCCGGUGAGUAGCUGACCUCAUGUGCUUGCUGGUGCUACUGGGUUCCAUUGUCCAGAUUAAUCAAGGGACAUAUAGGAGAUGAUAUAAGCUGGCUGCUGCCGUUAUUGCUGAUGUGUGGUCCAAGUAUUUGCUUGCCAAGUCUUCGGUGUGUUUUCUCAAUAUAAACAACAAUAAGUUGGUGUCUCUUGUGCUACUACAUCUUGCAAAUUCAAUCGAUGUGCUUGAUGGUAAGUUGAUUCGUGUGUAUAUCUCUUGAGAGAUAUGUAUCACCUGUUUGCUCUUGUUUGUGUGUGUGCUUCAAUAAGAGGGUCUGAUAGGGCUG